AUGGCGGGCGGCUGGGCGGCGGCACUGGGCCUGGGGCUCUGCCUCACUGCGCUGCGCUGGGGAGGCUGCCACCCCCCCGGCACAGCUGUGGCACCCCAAACUGCAGCUGUGCUGCGGGAAAAUUUCCGCCUGCAGCCGGGUGAUUUGGUGGCCACAGCGGGGCAAGCAUUGGAGCUGGAUUGCGUCCCCCCCUCGGGGCACCCCGAACCCCACGUCACCUGGAAGAAGGAUGGGGUGACCUUGGACUUGAUGGGUGACCGGUACGUGGUCACCAACGGGAAGCUGCGAGUGACACCGGCGCAGCGGAGCGACUCUGGGAUCUACAUCUGCGUGGCGGCCAACGCGGCGGGCGAGAGGGAGAGCCGGGGCGCCCACGUUUCCGUCCUGGAGAAGCCGACCAUCACGCGGCGCCCGAGCGACGCCGCGGUGGCAGCUGGCAGCACCGUGGAGCUGGGCUGCGGGGCCCAAGGUGACCCGGCGCCGCGGGUGCAGUGGCACAAGGAGCGUGGGGACCUGCCCUGGGGCAGGCAUGAGGUGGACCUGGAGCACACGUUGCACCUCUAUGCUGUGACGCCCGCCGACGCCGGAACCUACGUGUGUACGGCACAGAGCCAGCUGGGCACCGCCGCUGCCACCGCCCGCCUGCACGUGAAGGAGCAGCCGGGCUGGCAGGAGGCUGCGCCGCGGGACCUGCUGGCCGUGCGGCUGCACCUGGACAACGGCACCGUGCUGCCCGCUGCCGCCGUCCGUCUCCGCUGGCGGAUGCUGAUGCCGGUGCCGUUGCUGGUGGGCUACGUGGUGCUGUACCGCUGCCUGCUCCCUUCCAGCACCUCCUGGGUCCAACACGACGCAGGCAGGGAGCUCAGCGCCGUCAUCCCCAUGCUCCGCAGGGGCUACAAGUAUGAGUUCAAGGUCCGACCCUACGCUGGAGCAAUCCAGGGCUCGGACAGCAACAGCAGGCACCUCUGGAUACCUGAGGAAGUGCCAAGUGCAGCGCCCCAGCGUGUCACCGUGGGCCAGGCUGAGACGGGGAACGGCACCGUGGUCGUGAGCUGGGAGCCACCUCCUCCUGAGGCUCACAAUGGCAUCAUCCGGGGAUAUAAGGUCUGGUCAGUGGGCGAGGGCUGGAAACACCCCACCAACAGGACAGUGGACGGAGGCACCCACAGCUUGAAUACCCUCCACCCAAGCCCUGGGGCCGAAUUCUGUGUCCGAGUGGCAGCCUUCAACAGCGCAGGGCUGGGGAUCCCCAGCAAUGCCACCUGCAGCGUCCUGGGGGUGACAGCAGAGAGCACCAGGGUGGCCCGGCUGCUGCGGCAGCCCGCCGUCAUCGCGGCCGCCGGCUCGCUGCUCUGGUUGGCCUUGCUUGCCCUCCUCCUCCUCCUCUGCCAGCACCGCGCCAGUCAGGACACUGCGGCUCGCCACAGGCUGGUGGCUGGUGACUCACCGUGGCUCGGUGGCCCCUGGAAACCUGGCUGUGCCCCCCAAAACCUCAGCAGCAGCAGCAGCCUCAGCAGCCGGCUCCUGGGCAGCGACAGCAGGGACCCCCACCCCUCCACCCUGACCUUGGAGCUGCCAAGCCUUGGUCCCCCCACAUCCCCAAACCCCAGCAGCCUCCGCGGGGGGCACCCACUGCCCCUCGGGGAUGUGGGCUGCUGUGGAGGGGUGCACCCCGGAGCAUGCACCGAACCCAGCACCCCGAACCUGGCACCCUGGGAGCGCAUCCGCAAACGAGAGCUGCACCAAGUGCACAGCACCCCAGCACUCAUGGGUGGCCCUGGUCAUGUCCCUGUCACUGAGAAUGGAGGUGAGUGGGAGACAGAUUUGGGACUGGCAGCUGGGUGGCCUCAGCAAAGGGGACAUGAGGGUGACACCACCACUGCUGUGAUGGCUGGAGGGGACCGACAGCAGCUGCCAGUCUUCAGCUCCCCAAAACCACGCCGGGGGAGUGCCUCACUGGCCUCUGGUGUCACUGGGUCACCCCCGAGACCAUCCCACGCCUGGAACCCUCCAGUGACCCGGUCACCGGCCACUCUGUGUCCCAAGGACACAUCCCUGGCCAGCAGGCACCCCAAGGGCAUGUCCCCAGUCACCAGGAUCCCCAGGCACACGUCUCCAACCGCUGUGUGCCCAAGGGACACAUCGCUGGUCACUGAGAGCCCCAGGGAUGUGUCCCUGGUCACCAGGCACCCUAGGAGCAUGUCCCUGGUCACUGAGCACCCCAAGGACACGCCUCUGGCCAGCAGGCACCCCAAGGAUGUGUCACCAGUCACUGAGCAUCCCAGGGCCAUGUCACCAUCCACCAGGCACCCCCCAGACCCAUCACCAGCCACCAGCCACCAGAGGGAAACAAUCCCGGCCACCAGGCACCCUGAGGACAUGUCCCUGGUCACCGAGUGCCCCAGGGACAUGUCCCCAGUCACCAGGCACGCCAGUGACCCAUCACCAGUGACCAAGCGUCAGAGGGACAUGUCACCAGCCACCAGGCACCCUGAGGACACAUCCCCAGCCAGUGGGCAUGGAAGAGAGAGGUCCCCAGUCACUAGGCUCCCCAGGGAUAAGUCCCCAGCCACUGGGCACCGCAGGGACAAGUUCCUGGCCACCAGCAGGUACCCUGAGGACAUGUCACCAGGCAUGGGGCAACCCAAGGACACAUUCCCAGCCACCGGGCACCCCAGGGACACAUCUCUAGUCACCAGGCACCCUGAAGAGAUGUCCCCAGUCCCCAGGCAGCACAGGGACAAGUUCUUGGGCACCAGGUACCCCAAGGACAUGUCCCCAGCCACCAGACACCCCAAGGACCCAUCACCAGUGACAAGGCACCCAAGGGACACAUUUCUGGCCACCAGAUACGCAAAGGACAUGUCACCGGUCACCAGGCAUCCCAAGGAGACAUCCCCAUCCACCAGGAACCCAAGGGACAGGUCCCCAGUCCCCAGUCCCCCCGAAGAGAUGUUCCCAGCCACUGGUCACCGGAGGGACAAGUUCUUGGGCAACAGGGACGUGUUCCUGGCCGCCAGGUACCCCAAGGACAUGUCCCCAGCCACCAGGCACUCAAGGGACAAGUCCCCAGCCACUGGGCGCCUCUCGCCGGCAUUCAGUGACGGGGUCCUCACACCGCAGCAGGUGGCUGAGGACCUGGAGAUGGACCAGGACAUCACCUGCCCCGGCCUCCCGGCACAAACCACGCCACGGUCCUUCUCGCCACCACACACCUACGGCUACAUCUACGGUCCACCGGCCUCUGAUCUGGGUGAAGAGGAGGAAGAAGAGGAGGAAGAGCAAGAGCGGCCAGUGACAAGGGGCUCGCCAGAGGGGUCGCUGAUGAAUGGUUGGGGGUCUGUCUCGGAGGACAACUUCGCCAGUGCCCGCUGCAGCUUGGUGAGCUCCUGCGAUGGCUCCUUCCUCCUGGACGCCAGCUUUGCCCGGGCACUGGCUGUGGCCGUCGAUGGCCUCUGCUUCAGCCUCGAGGACACCAACAGGGCCUAUGGGGCAGGUCUCUCACCACCACCAUCACCCUUGGAGGGGGUCUUCUCGCCUGAGGUCCACAUCCCCACCUGGGACUGGGGGACAGCGCUGGGGGUCCCGCAGGGAGUUGGGAUGGAGGAAGCCACAGGCACCCCGCAGCAUGGUGGCCAUGGGUCAGGGACUGGCAGUCCCUGGGCCCGGGUGGGCGGCGAGCCAGGGACAGGAGGGACAGGAGUGUGGCAGUCCCCAGGAUGUAGGACGCGGCAAGGCCAGAAUCCACUCGGCUCAGCUAAAAUCCAGCUUUAUUAUGAGGUUCCCCAAAAAGGGGCUUUCUGCUAGCAAAAGCCACCUGUGAAGGGUGGGUGGCACAGGCGCGGACAGGUGUCCCUCCUUCCCCAGCAGCCUUGUCCUCCCCAAGUGCCCUCACCCCUCCCCAGAGUCCUCAUCCCUCCACCAUAUCCUCAUCCUCCCCAAGUGUCCUCAUCUUCCCCAAGUGUCUUCCUCCUUCCCCAGCAUCAUCAUCCCCCAAGCAACCUCGUGCAGCCCAAGUACCAUUGCUCGCCCCAAGUGUCCUCAUCCUUCCCCAUGUGUCCCCAUCCCUCCCCAGAGUCCCCAUCCCUCCUCAGCAUCCUCGUCCCCACAACCAUCCUUGUCCAAACCAAGCACUGCUGUCCAUCCCAAGUGUCCUUGUCCUUCCCCAGUGUCAUUUUCCCCCAACCAUCCUCAUCCCUGCUGACUGCUCUCAUUCCUUCUGACUGUUCCCAUCCUUCCUCAGCACCCUUGUCCCACCUCAACCAUCCUUGGCCUUCCCAAGUGUCCUCACCCCUCCCAAGCCACCUUGUCCUUCCAGAAUGUCCUUGUGCCCCCUACGAGUGUCCUCAUCCCUCCUGAGCAUUCUCAUCCCUCCCCAGUGUCCUCAUCACUCCCCAGGGUCCUCAUCCCUCAUGACUGUCCUUGGCGUCUCCAAGCAUCCUCAUCCCUCCCAACUGUCCUUGUCCCCAACAUCAUCGUCCCUCCUUUGCAUCCUCAUCCCUCCACAGUGUCCUCAACUCUCCCAACUGUCCUUGUCUCCAGGGUCCUUGUCCCUCCUGAGCAUCCUUGUCCUUCCCCAGGGUCCUCAUCCCUCGUGACUGUCCUUGGCCUCUCCAAGCAUGCUCGUCCUUCCUCAAGCUUCCUCGUCCCUUCCAAUUGUCCUUGUCCCCAGGAUCCUCAUCCAUCCCGAGCAUCUUUGUCCCUCCUCAGUGUCCUUGCCCCUCCCAACCGUCCUUGUCCCCAGGGUCCUCCCUCCCUGAAUAUCCUCCUCAUCCCUCCCUAAGCACCCCCAUCCCUCCUAUCGGUCCUGAGUAUCCUCGUUCAUCCUGACUGUCCUUGUCCCCCCCAAGUAUCCUUGUCCCCCCCUCGCACUGCUGCCCGCUGGCCACUGGCUCUGUGCAACCCCAUUUCCGUGGUGCCACUCAGAAAUUAAAGAUCAUCCCUUCCCCUGUCCCCCCCCA